UUUGCGUCGUCGUCUUCAAACUCUCUGACCUUGAGCGCAGUGUGCUUCCUGCUUCUGCUUUCAUGGAAUCUUCAAUUCCAAAUUCUUCUUCUAGAAAAACUAAUUUCUCUUCCCUGGAUCAGUCCAACCGAAGAUGUAGCGGCGGUAGAGGUAAGAUGGAGAACGAUCGACGAAGACCUCAUCAGGGCGGCGAAAAAGAUAAAAUUGAUGCGCUUGGAAGACUCUUGAUACGAAUCUUGCGACACAUGGCUACUGAGCUGAGAUUGAACAUUCGAGUUGAUGGUUUUGUUAAUGUUGGAGAUUUACUUGAGCUGAAUUUGAAAACCUCUGGAAAUUUUCAGUUGAAGUCACACACGAUUGAUGAAAUCAGAGAUGCUGUGAGAAGAGAUGACAAACAACGUUUUAGCCUCUUAGAAGAAGAGGAUGGUGAGCUCCUGAUCCGCGCUAACCAAGGCCACUCCAUCACUACGGUAGAGUCAGAACAGUUACUUAAACCAAUACUGUCACCAGAAGAUGCUCCAGUGUGUGUACAUGGAACUUAUAGGAAGAAUUUGGAAUCCAUCUUAGCAUCAGGUUUAAAGCGCAUGAAUAGAAUGCAUGUUCACUUCUCUUGUGGCUUACCAACAGAUGGUGCAGCGAUUAGUGGCAUGAGAAGGAAUGUUAAUGUUUUGAUUUUCCUUGACAUAAAGAAAGCUCUUGAAGAUGGGAUUGCGUUGUACAUGUCAAACAACAAAGUGAUUUUGACUGAAGGCAUUGAUGGUAUAGUGCCUGUCGAUUACUUCCACAAGAUUGAGUCUUGGCCUGACCGGCAGUCCAUACCAUUCUGAUUCAUAUGAUCACAGGUUUAUGUAUUUCUUCAACCCGUUGUAAAAACUUCAUACACAUAUGUUUCCGACUCUUGGAAGAUUUGCUCAUCUUCUAAGUUAGUACAACCAUUAAAGUAACAGUCCCAUGUUUAAGUUCUAUGUU